AUGUCUUGUCAAGGCAGAAGGGUGGCUCUGUGCCUCAUAGCUAUUGCCAUCAGCAUCGCUGGAGUACAAGCUCUCAAUACAACAGCGGAUUCGGAUGUCCUCAAAACGUGGUGGCACAACACUGGUGAAAUCAACACGCAGACUCCAGUGCAGAACGGAAAUGUGCGCCAAUCCCACUUGUAUUCAAUUCAGGUCGGCGUUUCCGCCAAUACGACCUUUUACGACUCCUUCGUGUACGAAAGCAUUCCCAGGAACGGCAAUGGCAAGAUGCGUAUUCCUGGAGACCCGAACUCUAUCAGUGAUGUGGACGAUCAAAUCAGCAUCGAAGCUGACAUCGGCGUGGACAUGGCAUGGACUCAGUACCUCGCCGCUGUUGACACGGUCGUUAGAAUUACCAGGAAAGAUGGCGGCUCUGUCGAUGCAGCAGGAGUCAUUAUCCGGCCGACCACUCUAGGAUUCGCCAUGGAACAAGACGGAGAUGCCUUGCUCGUCCACGUCCCAUAUAGUGAAGAGGGUCACCGAUUCUCAGUCGAGUUCAACGACAAUUUGUGGCAGUAUCGCAAUGCCGGGCCAGGCACCCAAUCCCAUUACGUGCAGAACAAGAACCCUAACGGAAUGAGCUAUGUCUCAGAGUACGAUGAUACAAUGCCCGUCGUGGGCGUGGAGCCACUCAACGCUUUGUUGGUGUUUAUGAGCCCCUUUCCAGAGGAGAAGUAUAUCCCAGACCUGGACAAUGAUGUCUACACAGUUCCCGAGGGUUUGGUUACGGAUUUGACUCGGGUUCAAGAGUCGACUCUCUAUUUCCCACCGGGAGUCUACUGGUUUACAGGCUCAAACCACGCCAUCCUGUCUCCCAGCAUCACUUGGGUUUACCUGGCUCCUGGAGCGUAUGUGAAGGGAGCAAUCCAGUAUGAAAGCCAGGAACUCGACCUUCGGGCCACUGGAUUCGGUGUCCUUUCAGGCGAGCAAUAUGUCUACCAGGCCAAUACCACUCAGAGCUACGAAAAUGUCAAAUCUGACGAUAGCUCGUUGAAGAUGUGGCGUGGCCACUCUGCUGCAGGUGCAAAGUGGACUCUUCAUGGACUUACCAUUAAUGCACCUCCCUUCAAUAGCAUGGACUUCUACGGCGACACGAGCUCAUUCUCAGUAGAUGCUUCUGACUAUAAGCAAGUCGGUGCGUUCUUCGGCCAGACCGACGGCAUCCAGAUGUAUCCCGGAUCCCACGUUCGAAACGUCUUCUACCACGUUGGAGACGAUGUCAUCAAGACAUACUACAGCAAUGUGCUUUGUGAGAAGAUGACAGUCUGGAAAUCCAACAAUGCCCCCAUCGUUCAGUUUGGCUGGUACGCGCGCGACUUGGACAAUGUCACCGUGGAUUCCAUCGAGGUCAUCCAUACACGCUACAUUUCCCAAGAGACACCUUGGCCCCGGGCACUGGUAGCGUCAGCGGCCAGUUAUGAGGAUGACAAGUCCACGUCAACCGCCGAUAUUGCCAAACGUCUCUCCAACUACAAAGUCACCAACUGGCGCUGCGAGGGUAUCUGCCCCGCGCUGCUUGGCUUCAACCCUUUGCAGAACAUUGACAACAUGACCUUCUCCAAUAUCUGGGCCGAGAAGCUCGGUGCGCCAACGACAGGGGUGGGACGAAGCACUAUUCGAGUUUUCACGGACGGGGAUAACGGUAACCAGACCAUUGCCCUGGGGGAUCAGUCGCCUGGGAAUCUCGGCCUCGUGAUUGAGGAUUUCUUCGUGGGCGACGAGAAGAUCAGCUUUGAUGCGAAUAACUGGGACGCGUCUUCCUUGGGCCAGUUGGACAUUGAUGGCCACUGGCAGGGUCGUUGGACAGUGAGAUAA